UAGGCGUUACCGUCAUAGAAAAUUGUUUCUUAGCCAUUCAAAACUACCUGAUUGCUGAUUAAUUUAAUGUUAUUGUUUUCUUGUUUUUAUUUUGUAUUAUUUAUUUAAUUGUCAUUGAAAAACAUUUAGUUAUUUUUUUUACUUUUAUUAGUGAUAUUUUCCUACUAAUUAGCAAUCUAUAGCAUUGGAUAUUUUGGUUUUGUGAGUUUAAAGAGUAAAAAUGGAAGUCUCUAAAACCGCAAGGGAAUCUAAUGGAGAUAUCAACCUUAAAAUUGUUACACAAUUUAUUCUUCAUGCUCCUCCGGGAGAGUUUAAUGAAGUUUUAACCGAUGUUCGUUACCUGUUAAACAAUGAUGCAUUGCUUCGUGAUCAAGCAGCAGGUGUUUUUGUUCAGUAUUGUAAGGAUCAAUUGACACCACUUCAAGUUGAGAAUUCUGAGCACGGGGUUUUGAUUACCGAGUUUAAUGAACUACCUGAUGGUAGAUUCUAUGAUCCCAGGUCUCAAAAAUCAUUCAAUUUUGAUCCAAUUAGAGAAGAAGCAUCCGAUUAUCAACCCUGGACGCCUGAUGCUACAUCUGAAUCAUGGAGACUAAAUUUGGAAGAAUUGUGGACCAACUACUGCAAAGAACAUUAUUUUAAUGGUUGCUGCUCUGUUUUUGGAUCAAGUCAUAAUGGCGAAAUCACAUUGACUGCUUGCAUUGAAGGGCACCAGUUCCAACCUCGUAAUUUUUGUAAUGGUCGUUGGCGAUCUAUUUGGACAACGACUUUCAAUCCUUCAUCAGGACAAGCUGAACUGAGAGGAAUAAUUAAAGUGCAAGUUCAUUAUUACGAGGAUGGCAAUGUUCAGUUAGUCAGCUCAAAAGAAAUAAAAAAACCAUUGGCGAUUAGUAGUGAGAAUCAAAUGUCACAUGAAUUUGUGCAAAUAGUUGAGGAUGCCGAAAAUGAAUAUCAAACUGCAGUUUCUGACAAUUACCAAAUCAUGUCCGAUACAACAUUUAAAGCUUUGAGAAGACCACUUCCAGUUACUAAAGCCAAAUUAGAUUGGAGCAAAUUAUUGAAUUACAAAAUUGGAUCUGAGUUGAAGCAACACUAAAUGUCAAUGGCAUCACACCAAGAAGAUCACAAAUAGCCAAACGAACUGAGAAACUGAUUGUUAAACACACAAAAAAACAAAACUCCAGUUGAAACUGAAGGUUAAAUUGGCUCCUGUUUUAUUACUCUCUAUCAAGCAGAAAUAUCGAUAGGUUGCUAUUAACUUUGUAUUGUCUUAAUGAAUUUUGGUUGAGAAAAAGUUCAACCAAAAUAAGAGUCCAGUGCUUUCUUCCCUCCCUUCAGUCUCUCCAAUCAUCAAACCUGUCCUCAUGUUCAUGUGAAUCAAAUCAUAAGGGUUAAAAAGGUUCACAUGAACACAGUAAAUUUUCUAUACACCCCAUGAGCAAACUAAAAGUGUAUCUAUCGAUGUUAAUGAUUCAAACAAAUGACUUUCUAAGAAAAUUUGGACCAUGUUUGUUACUAAUUAUCACCGCCUAAAUGAAAAAAAAAGAAUAUUGAAUGGAAAUACAAAAUUAAUAUUUAACAAAGAAAUCAAUUCCUUGUUGCAUAUUUAUCAUAGUUAAUGGAAAAAUGUCGAAAACUUUUCUCAUGUUCCAAUAAUUUUUGAAAAAAAUUGAUACUGAUCUACUAAAA